AUGGCCGAAGCACUUGCUAUCGAGAUCGCCAAAGGCGUGACGAAUCUCACAGACAUAUCUGGCUAUCUACAAGCUGCAGAUGAGCAGAUUGCGCUCAAUGCUUCUGUCAAACAAUGGGUGUCGCAAGUGAGCGAUAUAUAUUUUGAUGCAGAAGAUAUAGUUGAUGAAUGCGCUGUUGAGCAUUUGUAUACGAGGCCCACUCAAUCAUGUGUCUGCCGUUUCAGUCAAUUGGGCUUUCGGUAUAAGAUGGGAAAGAGGAUUAAAGAUCUCAAAGAUAGGAUGAGCUCUACCAUUCAAAAGGCACAGGAGCUCAAUCUUGUUCAUCAGAUAGUGCAUUCAAAUCAGCCUUCAAACGGUGAUUCUGAAAGAAAAAGAGCAGAGUUGAGAAGAGGGAGUAAGCCAGAUCCACGAGCAGUGGCAUUGGAAGACAAGGUGGAAGAGAUAGAGAGAUUGUUAGAGGAUCCAGCUGUUGGUGUUGUUGCCGUCAUGGGUAUGGGCGGCCUGGGUAAGACUUUCCUUCUGCAGCAUCUCUACGACAAAACAAAAUAUGGGUAUGAGCUUUCUGCCUGGAUUUCUGUUUCACAGAUUUGCUCUAUUAGAAGUUUGCAAAGUGACGUAGCCUACCAGAUCAAUUUACAAGUAGAUGAUAGUAUAAGUGAGGUGCUACUGAAUAGCCAGUGCAAAGUUGUGGUUACCACCAGAGAUAAAGAUGUUGCUGCAAAGAUGAGGGCCCGCGUCUAUGAGAUGCGAAACCUCUCAGAGGAUGAAAGUUGGAAUCUGUUUUGUCUGUUUGCCUUCCCCGAUUUCGAGGGAAACAAGCCACCUGAGCAGUUGGAGAGCUUGGCUCGUCGAAUUUUAGAAAAAUGCGGGAGGUUGCCACUUGCCGUUAAGACCGUUGCAGCAUCCAUGGCAAGCUGCUCGGACUUAAGGGACUGGGAGUCAAAACUGAGGCAAUUAAUGGAUGGAGAGAAUUCUACGAUGCAAAUCCUCAAGCUGAAGGACACACGUAUAUCUUUUUCUGCAUCAAAAGUUGACAAAUAUAUACUCCAAGAAUAUUUGAUAUAUUUGUGGAUAGCCGAAGGGUUCAUUCCACAUGAAAAGGAGAUAGAACAGUUUGAUAUUGGGUUGAGUUACUUGCAACAGCUUCAAAAUCUCUGUUUGUUGGAAGUAGAUAGAAUCACAGCUUGUUACACUAUUCAUGACUUGUUGCAUGAGUUAGUUAAUGAUAUAAGUAAAGAACAUAAGUCUGAAACUAUUCUUCCAAUGAAAAAAACAAGCUGCCGCAGGUUACUAUUACCUAAAAGAGGUAUAACUACUUAUGCAAUUUCAAAAAGCUCUCUUCAUUGUCAACAAUUUCUCCGCACCAUCUCAUUCUCUCAGAAUCCAGAAAUUAAAAGUAAUCCAGAAGGCUUGUUUGAUCGUCUCAGAGUACUCCGUGUACUUGACUUUAGUAGUACUGCCAUCUCCACACUGCCAAAAUGUGUUGGAAAAUUGAAGCUUUUUAGGUCUUUGAAUUUGUCUGAAACAAAGAUCAAGGAGGUGCCAAAUUGUGCUGGAAAACUCAAGUGUCUUAAGUAUCUUGAUGUCUCUGGAUGUAGGAGUCUACAACGUGUACCUGACUGGAUAGGAAGCAUCCCACUUUCCAGUGAAGAUAAUGAAUUCUUUUGUGUUAAAGAUGUCGGCAAUUUAAUCAAUCUGGAGGAAAUAUAUUUUCGUUUAGUAGAUGAAGGGGGGUUGACAAGUUUAGAAGAUGGUAUGCUUGAGCAUCUGGUGAAAAUGAGAAUUCUUGAUGUAUUCAAUGCUAUUCCUCCAAGGGAAGAACUUGCAAUGAAUAAUUGCAAUGAUUAUUCGUCGCUCCAAAAUAUACCCAACUUACAGACAUUGUGCUUGGUGAAUGAUUCAAGAUGCAUAGAAUUUCCAAAGAAGUUUGGAGAGAGUGGGGGAUUUUUUAAGCUAGUUAGACUUCUUAUUAUGCACUUCCCUCUUUUGCAAGGGUUGCCAGCACUGGAGGAGGGAGCAAUGCAACAUCUUGAAUUUUUGUCGAUACAGCAUUGUCCAUUGGUGAAGAAAGUUCCAGAGGGAUUGGAGCAGUUGAAGAGACUAAAGAGGAUAUCAGUUGUUGUGGCAAGUGGUGAGUUAGAGGAUAGGUUAAAGGAAGGCGGGGAAGAUUGGAAUAAAAUCAAAGUUAAGAAUUCCAACAUAGUUAUAGUUAUCAAGUAG